AUGUGGCCUUGGACAGUGCUAUUUGGGGCUCCCGAGUUCAAUCCCCCAAAGGUCUCCCCUAAUAAGACAUUGUACCCAGCCUCCCGUUUCAGAGAAUUUCUGAAGAAUCUAGAAGAGGUUCAGGACCUGUUCUCCUUUCUGGAAAGCCACCUGGAGAGGCUCUCUGACCAGGGGGGCUUUCACCAGUUCUUACAUCAAGCAGCCCCUGGGCAGGUGCGCCGAGGGGUGCCAGCUGGAGCCCGUCAGCCAUGCAGGGAGCCUCUGCAAGAUGCUACUCCCGCUGUGGCCCCAUCACCUGCCCUAACUCCACUGACGGGGUCUCCUCGGCCUCUGGCCUCCACCCUGCCAGCAGGACCAAUGACCUCAAUUUCCGUUGCUUCACACUCCUCACUGACUACUUCCUGGCUAGUAGAGCCUUUCCUCCCCCCGGAUGGCUUUCCAAACCAGCCACUUGCUCUUCCUCCUUCCCCGUCAUGUCUCCCUCCUUCAGAGGCCUGCACUGGGCCUCUGACAGCCUCCUUGGCCCCAGAGCGGCCAGACUCUCCUUUGACUCUCCCUCAGUGUGACUCAAGGGCACCCCUGCCGUGCCCCAUCCCACAGAGCUCGGCUCCGCACACGCCUUGGUCAGCUGACAGGUCAGCUUCUCCUGUCCCAGCCAUCUCGGGACUGGGCCGCUCACACUGCCCCAUUUCGGCCCUGUCCUGGUGGCAGGCAGCUGCCAAUGCCUGGAACCUGUCCACCUCAACAUGCUUGGAGUCCCGUCAAGCGCCUCUGUCCCAUGGCCCACCACAAGCCUUGUUCUGGGGAGACCCCACACCCAGACAGGAAGAGACUAGGAUCCCCCCUUCCAUCAACCCAGACGUCCAGAAGCUUCUGGAGAUACUCACUGCCAAGAGAAAAGAACUGAGGUCUUGGAGGGAGAAGGACAAGAAAGAAAGGUCAAAAUACCAGCUGACCUCUUUCGGGAGAAUGUUCAAGUCCCCAGGUGACGGGCAGGACACCAUGGGCCGCCCGUCCUUCUGGAGCAUGAGGGGCAAAGCAAAACAGCUGCUUGGUCCUGAGAAGCCCCCACGUCCCAAGAUUCCAAGGGACAAUUUAGAGCAGAAAUGCCUCCAGCUAUUCUGGGGUCUCCCCUUUCUGCACAGCGAGUCCCUGGUGGCCACUGUCAGGGUGACUGAUCCCCCAUUAGAGUUCCCGUCUGUCAUAUUCAAUGAGCUCUCUCAUGCCUUGCCACUCCAGAUUCAGGGCAACGUGGUUCCACGCCUCUCCCUGACCCAUGACUUACAUGACCCUUCAGCCAGGCCCCAACCCUUGACCCUGAGAUUGUCCCAGUCCCUGCCCCUUCCUCCAUCUCAGCCCCAACCCCUCCCUCUGACUCAGCCCCAGCCCCUCCCUCUGACUCAGCCCCUUCCCCAGCCCAUCCCUCUGACUCAGCCCCAGCUCCUCCCUCUGACUCAACCCCAGCCCCUCCCUCUGGACUGGCCCCUGCCUCAGCCCCUCCCUCUGACUCAGCCCAAGCCCCUCCCUCUGACUCAGACCAAACCCCUCCCUCUGACUCAGCCCCAGCCCCUCCCUCUGACUCAGCCCCAGACCCUCCCUCUGACUCAGACCAAGCCCCUCCCUCUGACUCAGACCAAACCCCUCCCUCUGACUCAGCCCCAGCCCCUCCCUCUGACUCAGCCCCAGACCCUCCCUCUGACUCAGACCAAGCCCCUCCCUCUGACCCAACCAAAGCCCCUCCCUCUGACUCAACCCAAGCCCCUCCCUCUGACUCAGCCUCAGACCCUCCCUCUGACUCAGCCCCAGACCCUCCCUCUGACUCAGACCAAGCCCCUCCCUCUGACUCAGCCCCAGACCCUCCCUCUGACUCAGACCAAGCCCCUCCCUCUGACCCAACCCAAGCCCCUGCCUCUGGCUCAGCCCAAGACCCUCCCUCUGACCCAACCCAAGCCCCUCCCUCUGACUCAGCCCAAGCCCCUCCCUCUGACUCAGCCCAAGCCCCUCCCUCUGACUCAGCCCCUUCCCCAGCCCCUUCCUCUGACUCAGCCCCAGCUCUUCCCUCUGACUCAGCCCCUGCCCCAGCCCCUCCAUCUGACUCAGCCCAAGCCCCUCCCUCUGACUCAGCCCCUUCCCCAGCCCAUCCCUCUCACUCAGCCCCAGCUCCUCCCUCUGACUCAACCCCAGCCCCUCCCUCUAGACUGGCCCCUGCCCCAGCCCCUCCCUCUGACUCAGCCCAAGCCCCUCCCUCUGGACCAGCCGCUGCUCCAGCCCCUCCCUCUGACUCAGCCCAAGCCCCUCCCUCUGACCCAACCCAAGCCCCUCCCUCUGACUCAGCCCAAGCCCCUCCCUCUGACUCAGCCACUGCCCCAGCCCCUCCCUCUGACUCAGCCCCAGCCCCUUCCUCUGGAUCAGUCCCAUCUCAGGCCUCUAACUGAGCCCCAGACCCAGGCAGGCCUUGCACCCUCUGUCCCAGUUGGACUCUCGUCUCUGCCACCCGUGAUGGGGAGGUGCCAGGUGUCUUGCCCUGUAGCCCAGAAGACACCGUCUUACACGCCAACUGCUUUUCAAAACCUGGAAUAUCACUUUCUGGAGAAGCAACUAGAAAGGGGCAAGGUACCCCCUGUGAUGAAAAGAUCUCCGCAAGUCUUUAGCCAAGGUCCUCCUGACCUUCCGCAGGGUGGCCAGGCCCCCGAAUUGAUCGACUCUGAGCUCUGGGAGCAACCGGAUUGGCACCUUUGGAAGAGGCUCAUGAAGCAAGUAAGGGGCCCGUCUUGCAGGAUCCAGCUAUCCCUGGAGAUACAGCCUCACCAAGAGUUCCAGAAGGUGCCCCAGGCACACAGCUGGCACAGUCCCAAGGCCAAGUCUGGGUCUACAAAUGGAAGCUGCCAGGCCACACAGAAGACUGGGUCCAGGUACCCAGGAAGGACCGUGCCAAGAAAAAGAAUGGGCAAGGAUUCAAGGUCCAGUGCAGGGAGGAUCCAGAAAGAUCUACACAGGGGCUCAGCGAGCUCUCCAGAGAAGGCUCCAGGAAGAAAUCGUGAGGAGCCAGACACAGACAUGAAGCCCUCCACAAGCAGCACAGACGAGAAGCUCCUAGAGAAGGACCUGAGAGCCCAUUUAAGGAAGUUGGGGCAGUUCAGAGAGGGUCAGAUGCCUUUGGAUGUUCAUCCUUCCAGGCUUGCUGCCCACCACUCCUCGGACCUUCCCAGAAAGCCAGCCCCUCACGGGAAACCUGGAAAGCCAGCGCUUUCCAAGUGCUGGGAGCCCUCCCACAAUUUUUCCAUCCUCAGUCCAUAUGCUCAGCGGAUGCUAGAAGCACAUAUCAAAAGGCUCAGGGUGAAGCACCGUUGGGGCCUCCCCCUCAAGGUUCUCAAGACAAUAAACCUCUUCAAGUUAAAGAAGGGCUUCCUCCUCUCCCAGUCCUUCCCUUCCCGCUCAGCCACCUGCAUAUCCAAGGCUGGCUUGGGCACCAAGUUCGUGGGAAAUCCUUCUCAGCCCUAUCAAGGAGAGGUGAUGAAAGAGUCUUACCCCACUUGGGGGGGUCCCCUCGGUGUUCCCCAGCCUACGUGUGAGGAAAUCCAGCAGGCUCUGGAAGGGACCUCACCUGGGGGUGGCCCUCUAGCUGGAGAGGGGCCCAGGUCACCUUCUCGGACCUUCACAUACAGCUUUGUGGGCAGAAUCUGGCACAGUGAGACUGUCCCUAGGACUCUUAUGAACAGCAGCUUGGAGUCAAGUCCAAGUCCAGCAAUGGCCACAAAGGAGCUAAGGAGGGUGAAUUGGGGUCGGGCCUCACGGGACAUGACCAUGCUAGAACUCAACUUAGAGCACCAGAAUCUGAGUGCCAAAGAGCCCGGGGAGGUGGGGGACUUCAAGGAGGCCCCUGCCUGGGGAGUCACCUUAGAACCCCGUCUGCUGGCCAACAACCAAGGCCUCCGUGGCAAGCUGAGAAGAUCGGGGUCUGCAGAGAAAAGUGACAGUCCCUUGCAACGUACAAAGUUGGUCACCCGAGACCUCGAAGAGCUACGCCUUGAGGCACGGCGCAGGGGAUCGGAGCCCCAGAAGUUGAUGGAGUCAGAGAACCGGCUUCGUGAUGCCACCCCCACCGUGUGCCUACAAGACUGUGAAACUGGGGUCCUCCUUCAAGACUGUGAGACGGAGAGUCUCCUUCAAGACUGUCAGUCCAACAUGUUCCUUGCUGCUAACAUCUUGGCUUCUCAGGGAUCUCUGUCUAGCUUCCAGAGCAGGUCCAGUGAAGACACAUCUACUUCUGAGGUGCUGCAUGGCCAAAGAUCCCGUGGCCAGAGCCCCCACAGGCAGCCAGGACCCCUGGGACUGGAGCACCAAUGUAAGAGCCUGAGCAGGUCAUGUGUCCCCCCCGUGGAGAUAGAGAGCUCCACGAGGUCCCCCUCGAGAGAGCCCGCCAAGGAGUGGUCAGAAAUGAAGCUCCUCCAGAUCAGUGAGGUGAGACAUCCAGUCCAGAGCAAGGAGUCAGGAGAGGCCUCGGGAAGCAAGGCCUGUGAGAUCUUGCUGAAGAAAGAGGAGGCGCCUCCGGAAAACUACUUCAGGAGAAGGAUGACGCACUUGCUCCAGUGGUUCUUUCCCAGUAAAGGCAGAGGACUGGAAGAUUCCCUUCAAAAGGGCAAGUCUUCAUCAUCCCAGGGCCGGGGACAAGUCAUGGGCAGGUCAGCCAUGGACAGGGCUUCUGCCGAGGCUCAGGUGGUCGUGAGGGCUGUGGAGCAAAUCCUAGAGGAGAAAAUGUUGCCCAACCAGGGACUCAGGGUCCCGAAGGUUGACUGGUGCAAAAAGGAUCUCCAGGCUUCAGCAGACCCCAAUGUCUGCUAUCACAGGGUUCUCUCCUACCAAGAGCAGAGGAGAGUCAUGAGGGAGACAGCCAGUCCACAGGGCACCCCCAGGGGCCACAACUAUGCCAACAAGACCGAGUGGAUCGGGUGGCCCUUCCCCACCAGGGUGCCAGAGUGCCCGAGCAGACCCUGCCAGAACGGGUCCCUGGUAGGGGGCCCUUCAGGCCGCACCCUACAGGCCCACUGCCCCAGGCGCUGCCUCCUUAAAAAAGACAGUUCACCUGGCCAGCCACUGUGUGCUUCUCACGCCUUUCCUGGCAGAACAACUUUCCCCCAAGAAAAAACGCAGACAGUGGAGAGAAAAACUUUUUGUUCUCACAUUAGUACAUCAUCUAUGGGCUAA